GAUAUUAAAAGAUGCAAUAAGAUUAUUGGAGACUUACAAGAGCAUUUGAAAAAAAAGGUUGCAGAAGAAGAAGAAAUAUCUGAUGAAAUGUCAAAUAUUGUAGAUAAUGUAGUGACAAAGGUUGUAAAAAAUGCAAUAGACAUUUCAUCAUUUAAUCCAAUUUUUCAGGAACUGAUUCGUAUACAGUCUGGGAAGCCCAAAGGAACAAGAUAUCAUCCAAUUGGGCACUGUCAUGCUGGAAAUACUGCCUAUAAUGCUAUGAAAGGAAUCAUGCAUUUACCAUCUGCUUCAACUCUUAAAAGCUAUAUAAAUGAAUGUGAGCAAAAAUCUGGUUGGCAAGAUAAAAUAGCUCACCAAAUGCUUAGUAGCUUGACUAUAGAAAAUAUUUGGGGUUAUGGUCAAAUAGGAUUUUUUUCACAUGAUUCUUUCAAGAUCCAAAAAGGUCUUCUUUGGAGUCAACGUAGCAACAGUUAUGUUGGCUACUUGGAUUUUGAAGAUGAGGCUCAAGAUCUACAUUCAUUUGCCAUCCAGUGUAAAAGUGAAUUAAUGAUGACAAAUGAUGGAGAAAUUUCUGUAAGUGAAAAAUCCGACCAUGGUUUGUCUACACAAGUUCAUCAGAUUGUGUGGCAUUCAGUAACUCUUAAUUUUUCUUUUCCAUUAUCAUACUAUGGAAUUAAUACAAUGACAACUCAUUGGG